AUGGCCUCAACCUGUAUUUCAACCUGCAUCGAUGACACUAAGGUCUCAAUCAGGCCAACCUACGCGAACCUCUACAAGUGGCCGGAAUCAGACGCCGAGUUUGUCAGGUCACUGAGAUCCAACGGCAGUAGCCGAGGCGGCCCUGCACAUCCCACCAUUGUUGACAGCAUUUCUUGUAGGCAAAUGUACCUGAGGAGCUACACGUUUCAUAGGAGCGAUGAUGAUGAUCAAACCCAGCCUGAAAAAACAAAAUGUUUUGGCAGAUUUCAUAAAGAAAAGGUGAAGAGUCCUAGAAGUAAAAACAUGUCCAAAACUGUUCCCAACAAGUGUGUGGCGCUCAGAAGGGCCAAAUCAGUCUCUUGUCCCGCCCUAUUGGCCAUAUUCCGUCGGCUUUUGCUCUGCACCACCAAGUUUGAUGUGGCUGAUCAUGGAGGUUGA